AUGCAAGGACAUCCCUUCUCGUUCCUGACCUCCUAUGCCCCAAUAGCUGUCAUCGUAGCUCAACAGACCAAGGUCUCAUUCCUCCUCGCUUUCCCUGCAGAUCCUCAUAUUUACCUCUUUGAGGCGCCACAAAGUGCCCAGUCUCGCUUCUUCCCAUAUUGCUUCAUCUUACUUGGCACACCUAGCCACCAUGCUGUGACUAGGCCCGUGCAAUGUUGUCCCACCUCACAGCUCGUGCGGUAUGCAAGUGACUGCAAGAACACUCGUAAGCUCACAGAGCAUAUGCAAUGGUAUGUGCCCCUCUGCAAGGGAUUCCUGACAGAAGAUCUUCCUCUCAAGCCACCCCAGUUACGGGGUGUAAGUGGCAACGGAAGUGACGAGGACGGCAUCCAUCCUACGGUGAGGAGCAUUCCAUUCCGGAUUAACAUGCAUCGGAAACAUAGGUAUGCGGCGUUCAAGGCACUACCUUCGGGGGUAUUGUGUGUUGUUUGGUGCGUAGAUCAUUGCGCUCGGAUGAUGCCUCUUUUCCCGGGGCACGUGGCGGCCUUGCUGCCUGGGCCGGCUCGCCAGUUUGUUUUACGUGAAGGUGCAUCUCGCAUUUGGUCUUUGUGUAACAUCCAAUAUGAGCAUCUGGAGCAUCGGAUUGUAUCUACAAGGUCACUAGUAGCUUGA